GUAGGAGUAGGAGGAGGAGGAGAGUGGAGGGGGUAGGAGGAGAAAGAAGAACGGAAGGAAGGAAGGAAGGAAGGAAGGAAAGAGGAAGGAAGGAAGGAAGGAAGGAAAUAAAUAGCAAGGCGCCUGCGUGACCCGCUCUUAUCUCGGCUCUGUCCGUCAGCAUUCGGCAUCUCUCGAGUCGGAGCGAGGAGAGUGGUGAGGGUAACGUGUCACCUGUCGCCGUUAUCGAGGCUUUUCAGUGCGGUGCCGACCGUCGGCCAGUGCGGAUCGCUCUUCUAAUCUGUACAUAUAUAUAUCUAGUUAUAAUAUUGUCGAUAUUUUUUUUUUUCAUCGUUUCUCUCUUUUUCACUGUCUGUUUGUCUGUUUCUCUCUCUCUCUCUCUCUCUCUCUCACUCACUCUAUCUCUCUCUCUGUAUCUAUUUGUCUGUCUGUCUGUUCGUCUACUAUUUUGACUUCGGGCGUGCUAACGUGCUUACGUGCUAACGUGCUACGUGCGUGCGUGCGUGCGUGCGUGCGUGUGUGUGUGUGUGUGUACAAAAGAGAGAGAGAGUGCGCGAAUCGCGAGUGUGUCACACGCACGCGCGACCACGCGUCGCCACUCCGUCUACUUCGUUUUAUUUCUUCGUCCUUGGAAACGUAACGACCGACGCUUCUUCUCUCUCUCUUUCUUUCUUUCUCUCUCUCUCUCUCUCUCUUUCUCUCUCUCUCUCUAUCUAUCUAUCUAUUCCUUUCUCUCUCUUUCUCUAUCUCUUUCUCUAUCUCUUUCUCUCGACCACCAUUAAAAAGAUACACAAAGACGUCAACGACACCACGAUAUAAUAACAACAACAACAACGACGACGACGACGACGACGACCAAGACGAACACGACAACGACCAAGACGAAAAAAGUUUAUAGCGACUGUUACGACUUAUUCUCUUUCUCCACUUUUUUUUCUUUAUCUUUACCUCCUCCUAUCUUCCUUCUCCUUCUCCACCAUCUCCUUUCUCUUUAUCAUCGGCGAGAAAUAACGCGCUUUCGUCGACGAGGAAAGGAAACAUGCGCGGCGAAAAUUGGAGAACGACGACCACCGUUGUUGCAACGAGGAGCGACCAACAACAACGUCAACAACAACAACAACAACAACACGAAGAAGACGAAUGCGACGUCACGCUACUACCGCACGUGACUACUACCACCAUCAUCGACGAGGACCGAUCUGCUUCUUACUCUUCCUCCCCCUUAACAACCACCACCACCGUUAUUGCCUCUACCACCAUUGCUACCACCACCAUCGACGACACCAUUACCAGCAACACCAAUAGCAGCAGUGUCACUACCUUUUCCUCCACUUUUUUCUUAACCUCUCAACUUCAGUGAAAUAAGAAGAAGAAGAAGAAGAAGAAGAAGAAGAAGAAGAGAGAGAGAGAAAGUCGAGUUAUCGCGAGCUCUCGCGUGUUUUUUGGUGUCUCUUUUCUUGCAAGAAGAAGAAGAAGAGUAAUAUUAAUAAUAUUAAGAAGAGGAGGAAGAAGAAGAAGAAUUAGAAGAAGAUAAUAGGAAAAAAAAAGAGUGAACGUGAUUGGUGCGUUAAUAUUUGAAAACCUAUUUAAUACUUAUCCAUCGUGUGUUCGGUUGGUUGAUCGUUACAUUCGCGAAUCCGAAGAAGUAAUAUUAUUAUUUCUCUCGACGCUCGUUUGCGAGAGAUCGAGAUAAUAGAAUCCUGGCAGCCCUUCGGUAUUUCUCGAUAAAAUCGAGAGAAAAAAGAUGAGACGUCGUAUCACCGAGGUCACAACCUCGACGAUGCACCCGGUGCUCUUCUGUUGGUGUGUCGCCGCCAUUUUUAGUGUCGCCUUAGCGGCAUGGCAGGAAAAUGUGCGACCGAAGAUGUACGUUCAAUUAGGUGCCGAAGAUGUGUUCAGGUUUACGGGGAACGAAACGCACACAGAUUACUUUCGGCUGGUGCUCAGGGAUGCCAACUAUCUUCUGGUUGGUGGAAGAAAUUUAGUACACAACCUGAGCUUGACCGAUUUGACGGAGCAACAAAGGCUCACGUGGUACUCUACGGAAAAGGACGUAAAGAUGUGCGUCGUCAAAGGGACGCCAGAAGAAAAUUGCCAGAAUUAUAUACGUAUACUCGUGAAGACGAGCUCGAACACCCUUUUGGUGUGCGCAACGAACGCCUUCAAACCGAUGUGCCGCGAUUACCUCGUACACGCAGGUAAUUACACGAUGAUAAAGGAAAAGGGAGGACAAGCUAGGUGUCCCUAUGAUCCUCAACACAACAGUACCUUCGUUUAUGUCGAGGGUGAACUUUACACCGGAACUGUCGCCGAUUUUGCUGGAAUGGAUCCCAUUAUCUAUAGGGAACCAUUACAAACUGAACAAUACGACUCGAUGAGUCUUAAUGCUCCAAAUUUUGUGAGUUCCAUGUCCCAAGGUGACUUUGUCUACUUCUUCUUCAGGGAGACCGCUGUUGAAUAUAUAAACUGCGGCAAGGCCGUCUAUUCUCGCGUAGCGAGGGUCUGUAAAUACGAUCGUGGUGGACCCCAUCGUUUUCGUAACAGAUGGACAUCCUUCCUGAAGUCUCGUCUUAAUUGCUCCGUUACCGGGGACUUUCCUUUUUACUUCAAUGAAAUACAGUCAACGACCGAACUGAUAUCCGGACAAUAUGGAAGUUUAUCAGCCCAGCUGAUAUACGGCACGUUCACGACCCCGGUAAAUAGCAUAAGCGGCUCAGCUGUGUGCGCCUUUUCCCUUCAGGACAUCACCGAUACCUUCGAGGGUAAUUUCAAGGAGCAAAGCGCGCUCAACUCAAACUGGCUGCCUGUACAAAGUGCCAAAGUACCCGAACCCAGACCGGGACAGUGUGUCAACGAUUCUCGCACUUUACCGGACUUAACUUUAAACUUUAUCAAUACCCAUUCCCUAAUGGACGAAUCAGUGCCGAGCUUUUUUGGUCAACCGAUCGUUAUACGCACCAGUUUUCAUUAUAGGUUUACACAAAUCGCAGUGGAUCCUCAGGUGAAGACACCAGGUGGUAAAACUUACGAUGUCCUCUUCAUCGGCACAGAUAACGGAAAGGUUAUCAAAGCGGUGAACGCUGAGUCAGCGGAUUCUCACGAGAAAGUUAGUCCCGUUGUAAUCGAAGAGAUCCAAGCGUUUCCAUCUACAGUGCCUGUUCGUGGAAUAAAAGUCGUCCGUGCUUCGCAAGCUGGUGAUGGUUUGGAAGAUGGCCGAUUGGUUGUGAUAGCAGAUAGCCAAGUCCAAGCACUGAGGUUACAUCGUUGUUACGGUGACAGGAUAUUGUCCUGCGGCGAAUGUGUGGCUCUCCAGGAUCCGUAUUGUGCUUGGGACAAGGUCGAGGGCAAGUGUCGGGCAUUGGUUGGUCCAGCUGCUACGGAUGCCAGCAGAUUUUUGCAAAGCGUAGCAACUGGCAUUCAUGCGUCCUGCCCACCAAGUAAAGGAUUGAACAAGGACGCUAGUAGCGUCGGUGCCAUUUCUGCUAAUCAAAAUAAAUUCCCUCAGGAUUCGAUGAUACCCAGUAAGGAUAGUCAAGGUGGAGAGAUAAUCAAUAUCAUGCACGACGAAGAACAAGAGAGUUCAGGUCCAGAAGUAUCAGCCGCGGAUUCGCCACCGCCACAAUACAGCGUUGAGACCUUAGUAAUGGCCGUAGUAGCCGGUGCUUUGGCAGCAUUACUCGUUGGUUUCGUAGCUGGUUAUCUCUGCGGUCGAAAGUGUAGAAAAGAUGAGGAUGAUAACUUGCCGUAUCCCGACACGGAGUACGAAUACUUCGAACAACGGCAAAACGUCAACAGGUUAGCACCUGAGCCAAAGUUACUGCCGCAAGAAGAGGUUACCUAUGCGGAACCAGUUUUGGUUCCACAACCGUCUAAGAUGCAUUCGCCAAAGGGUACCAUGAGAAAACCACCGCCAACCCCAACGGAAACAUUAUUCCAGUUUCCAGAUGGUUAUGGUUUCCGUGGUCCAAGGGAUAAUUUUGGUACCCUUCGUUCCCAUCAAGGGGAUGCGUAUCGUCGGAACGAUGGAUUCGCGACGACACGCAGCGUUAAAAAGGUUUAUCUCUGAGAAACGAGCGAGGAGGGAGGUGGCCGUCACCGGAGCUUAGGACGGCCAACACGGAAUCGUCACAACGCGAGCUCAGCCGGUAGAAGUAGUCGCGCUGUGACGGCCUCAGGGGGACAGUCCAAUCGUGAGUUAGCUGGCCCGAGGGCACUCGAGUCGCCUUCGCCACCCUCCAGCGUCUCCUCGAGUUCCCCCUCCCCUCCCUCCUCGUCGCCAUCGCCGACCCUUGUACCGAUCGCGAUGAGUGGAUCGCCACCACCGCCAACCCUAACGCCACCCUGCAGUUUCAUAUAUCGAUCAUAGUCCUCGAUUAUUCCCACGGCUAUCACGUACCCUUCGACACUCUGCUUCUACCAUCCCCGUUAAACUGGGGAAGGACAAUGGAUACCUUCUUAAUCGAGAGUCCUAUAUUAAGCGUUCCCAAAAAUGUAUAGAGAGAAGACUCACACGGAUAAGUCUGAUGCCGACAGUGUAAGUGUGCGAAAAAAGAGUGAGAAUGAGAGAGCGAGAGAGAGCCUGAACUGUGGUUCGUUUGGUUUUUCUUUCGUCUUUUUCUUUUCUUCUUCCUUUUUUUUUCUUUCUUUCCUUCUUUCUUUUUUUUUUAUUAUUAUCGUUAUUAUUAUUAUUAUUAUUGUUAUUAUUAUGAUUAUGAUUAUGAUUAAUAUUAUUAUAGUUUUUGUUUCUCUUUUAUUUUUCUCCAAUCUCUCGUUUUUCUUCUUCUUCUUCUCCUUCUUCUUUCGUCAUCGAUGCAACUCAAACGAUGCAUAUUUCUUUUUUGUUUUUUUUUCCUCGCUUCGACGAUGUUUCAAGGGAAGGAAGGCAUUUCGAAUUUUCUUUUUUUCUUUUCUCUCGUUUUUUUUUCUUUUUUUUUCUAUCCGAGAUUAAGGAUUAUUACCAAUUAAUCUUUUCACCGCUGUAGACACUCAUGAUAAUACUUCGAUAACUGCCGUAUAUUGUUAGCAUAACGUUACCGUAACGUUGCUGUUGACGCCAUUAAAGCGAUUAAUUAUUUAUUGUUAAGCGUUCUAACGUUCCUUCGUAUUUAAUUAGAUCGCGAACGUCAGUCGAUCAUAAAAAAGACCGGUCAAAUCUUAUUUGAACUUUAUGUGUUUUUCCUUUGGCGUUGAUAAAUGCGUUAUGGGAAUUGUUGUUUGAUAUACGUCUGAGCGCAGAGGGUUAAUAACCUGUUAGGCUUAAAUUUAACUAUUCCAAGUUAUUCAAACGACGUUACUCGCGAGCCCAAGAAAAUAAAUGAUCGUACGUUGUUGUUCAUAUUGAAAUUUAAGAUUAAACGAAACGAUCUGUGUUAAACAGAUAAGUCAUCAUUUUAAACUCUUGAGUAUCCGUUUGAAAAACUUAGCGGAUCGAGGCUCGCCCAGCUCGAGUCAAGCAGCCGAACAUGGUGUGACGCUUAUGUUUUUCGUCGUUCGUUUUUGAUAAAAAAAAAAAAGGGAAACAAAAAAAAAAGGAAGAAAGAAAAAAGGAAAAAAACGAAUUUCGCACAUCUUUCCUUUUAUAAUACGUUCUCGUUUCUCUUUGUAAUACUCGAUCCCCGCCCAACACCCCUCAACCCCCUUCUCGUGCGUGAUUGUGUGUGAAUAUGCGCCUGAAAGUGUGAGAAAGAUAGAAAGAGAAGGAGAGAGAGAGAGAGACAGAGAUAAAGAGAGAAAGAGAAAGAAAGAGAGAGAGAGAGAGAGAGGAUAUAUAUUAUGAAAUAUUUUCAUUUUAGGAUUAUCGUACGAUUAUCGUAUCGUUAGUUCUUUAGCGUGGCACUGUUUUACAUAAACAUCGGAUAAGAGUCCCGUGAAAGUUCGAUCGUUUGAUUCGAAAUUUCGCGCUAAUUGAAUGGGAAAAAGUCGUUUGAAGCUUAACAAAAGAUAAAAGAGAAAGAUAAAGAGAGAAAAGAGAAACAAAAUUAAAUAAAACGAGUAAACAAACAAAUAAGCAAACGAACAAAUAAAUAAAUAAACAAAUGAAUGAAUAAAUGAAUGAGUAAAUAAAAGAAUAAAUAAAUAAAUAAAUAAAUAAAUAAAUGAAUGAAUAAAUAAAUAAAUGAAUGAAUAAAUAAAUAAAUAAAUAAAAAUUAACGCAAAAAGAAAAUGGCGGUAAAGUGUUCCAACGAUCAGGCUCGAUUGACAAAAUAGUGCAGUAGCGUGUAAAAAAAGAAAAAAAGGAAAAAAAUAAGAAAAAAAACGGAAAAAAAUAUAAUAAUAAUUAUAAUAAUAAUAAUAAUAAUAAUAAUAAUAAUUAUAGUAAUAAUAAUAAUUAUAAUUAUAAUAAUUAUAAUAAUAAUAAUAUCGUAACCUCCACUAUUUUAUUAAUUGUCCGUCAUGGAGUUAUUGUAAAACUGUGCGCCAUUAGUAUUACGACAAGGCUUUUUUCGUAAAGUCAAUUAAAAAGGAGUGGUCAAAGAAGAAAUUAAAAGUGUGGAGAGAAAAGAAGAGGAAGAAGAAAGAAAAAAAAAGAGCGAAAAAGACGAAAGAAGAGAAAAGAGAAAAAAGGAAAAAGAAAGGAAGAGAGGAAGAAAGAAAGAAAGAAAGAAAAAAAAAUAAUAGGGUGACUCUAUCUUCGGACUCAUCAUGCAAUUUUUCUAACGUUGUAAUAUUUAAUGCGAGUGAUCGAUAGUGCCAUUAAUAUACUUCACGUAAUACUACUGCGUGCCUCGAAAUUGAAACGUUCUUAGCGACGUUAGCAGGAAAGUUCUUUCGCGUAUGGGCUGAUUCAUAAGCGCGCGCUACCUUACUUGUAUUUUUUAUUAGAAAAGGUAGAUGAAAAUAUCUGCUUCGCUGCACACUCGCGUGGUUCUUAUUCGUACGUAGAUACAUACACAUACACACAUACAUAAAUACGUACGUAUGCACAUAUAUACAUAUAUAUAUAUGUAUAUAUAUAUAUAUAUAUAUAUAUAUAUAUAUAUAUAUAUAUAUAUACUUCUUUCCUCGUCUCGAAUUUAAUCGAUAUCGAUAUCGUGUUUUCCUUCUUCUUUUCUUGCUUAUUCUUUUUUUUCCCUUUUUUCUUUUUCUUUUUAUUUUCAAUUUCUAAUCCUUUUUAAUUUUAAUUCGUCCUCGUCGUUACUUAACUAAAUCGUUCUUAGAACGUAUUUCUCCUCCAAUCUAAUCUUCUCUCCCGCGAGACGCGUACUUAAAUAUAAAGGAAAGUAAUGGAAAAUGGAAAAAAAAGAGAGAGAGAGAAAAACAAAAAAAUUCUUGAAGAAUUCGUCGUUUUUGUCAAAAAUAUAUUCGCCAGGAAAAGUUACUAUCGUUUUUCUCUCUAGUUUUUUGUUCUGUUUUUUUUUUUUUCUUUUCUUUUCUUUAUUUUUUGUUUUUCUCUUCCAAAUACAAUAUCGCAUUGUUAUCGUCUUUCCAAACGCGCGGUAUUAUGGUCUUCAAUUCUUUUUUUCAAAUGACUUCUAUAAUCGUCUACACCCGCUACCACUCCCUACCCCCUCCAUCGCCGCCGAAUUUACUUUUAAAAAAAAGAAAAAACAAAAAGACAAAAAAGAAAAAUAAUUAACGAUCAUCCCAAUUAACGCUAAGUGUAUAAACUACGAAAGAAUGUAAAUAUCUCGUCAUAAUUUCUAAUCAAAAGUGUUUAUGCCAAAUAUAAAAAAAGUUACGAUGAUGAUUAUAAUGAUGAUAAUGAUAAUGAUAAUGAUGAUGAAGAUGAUAAUGAUAACGAUGAUAAUGAUGAUUAUAAUGAUCAUAAUGAUAAUGAUGAAGAAGUUAAGAAUUAAGCAACGUUUCACUUACGAUUGUCCAAGAAAUAAUAAUAAAAAGCGAACGAACGAACGAACGAACGAACAAAAAAAUAAGAUUAAAGAAAAAAGAUAAAGAAAGGGAGAGAGAGAAAGAAAGAAAUGGAAAGAAAAGUAUGCUACUUCAUAGAAUCGUGGUGAUUGCUAUUGAUUAUUGAUUUAUACACGCGUUAUAAAAGAUAUUAAAAGAAAAAAGAAAAAAAAAAUGUGAAAAAGGGAGAGAAAAACAUAUUCGUCGUGAUAAAGUCCAAUACUUUGCUGUUACGCCUCGUGGUUCCGCAGAUAAAAAAUAAUAAUUAAAAAAGAGAUAAAUAAAUAAAUAAAUAAAUAAAUAAAUAAAAACGUUAAGCGUCUUGUUACACUAAAAGGAAAGGUUAAAAAAAGAAAAAGGAAAGAAAGGAGGAAAAUUAAAACGAGAAAGAGAAAGAAAAACAGAGAAAACAGAGAGAGAGAUUGGAAAGAGAAAUUAUGAAAAUCAAGUAUAAUAGUUUUUUGUGCACACAGUGUUUCGGAAACGCGCUUUUUAACAUCCGCACAUAUACGCAAAUAUGAAAAACAUAUACACGAAAGCUUUGAAAGAAAGAAAAAGAGAAAGAGAGAGAAAGAGAAAGAGAAAGAAAAGGAAAGGUCAAGUUAAUGUAAAAGAGAGAGGGAGAUAACAUGACUUGUAUGUAUUAUAUAGGACACAUAUACAAAAAAGACAUAUUAUACUGGAGUUAAGAGUUAUAUGAACGAUUUAAAAUUGAGAUUGAAAAAAAAAAAAAAAAAAAAGAAAAAAAAAACGUAAGAAAAAAAAAACAAAUCAGUCCAUCUGAUUUUGAGCCCGAUGUUGUAUAUCUCUAGGACAUCUAUCUUAAAGUGCUUCUUAUUUCAGUAUGUUUAGAGAUAAACGCGUAUGUGAUAUAUUCUAUAUGAUGAAAUGUUUUUCUAGGCAUUGGAAGAGAGAGAGAGAGAGAGAGAGAAAGAGAGAGAGAGAGAGAAAGAGAGAAUGAACGAGCGAGCGCGCGCGCGCGAGAGAGAGAGAGAGAGAGAGAAAGAGAGAGAGAAGAAUGAAGAGUAUUCGAUUAAAUUCGAACAUAUAAGAGCGACGAGGACAAAAGGAUAUUCAUUUUUGUUCGCAAUUAUUCGUAAAGUUCGUAAACUUGAAUUUUAUUAAAUAUUAGAUGUAAUUAUACUAAUCUAUCUUCUACAUAUAUUAUAUUAUAUUACUAUUUAUUUAAUUAUUGAUAUUAUUAUAUAUUAUUAUAUAUUUUAGGGGUUCGUAUUCAAUUAUAUAAUUUAAUUAUUUUAAUUAUUAUUAUACGUAUUUUAUAUAUAGUAUAUAUAUGUGUGUGUGUGUGUGUGUGUAUGUAUAUAUAUAUGUAUAUGUAUAUGAAGACAUACAAAUGUACAACUCGUAAGAUUUGUUUCGAUCUAAUCAGAAAUAUAUUCUGACGUUCGAGUUGAAAAUAUACCUACACAUAUAUGCAUAAACAUACGGAGAAAAAAAGAGAAAGAAAGACAUAUACAUAUAUGUAUAUUAUAGAUAUAGAAUGAGAGAGACUGACGUUUAUCCAAAGUCGAGAGGAGGAGAGCUUUUAUUUAUCCUUUUUGUGAGAUAACAAUGGCUAAAGGAUUAGGAUGGCCUAUCUAUUAUACGUUUCGUGGACCUUGAAAAUUGCGAACAAUGAAUCCUCGACUCGGCGUCUGUAAAUUCUGACACGUACACUACACACGAUAUAUACACGAAAAAAUACCAACACGAAAGAAAACAGAAAAAGAGAAAGAAAGGAAAGAAAAGAAAAAAAAACAGAAUACAAAAGAAAAGAAAAGAAAAGUGAAAAAAUGAGAGAGAGAUAGAAAGAUAGAUAAAUAGAUAGAUAGAUAGAUAGAUAGACAGCAUGCGCUAUUAGUUAUUUUUUAGAAUACGCUAUUUUAUUAUUAAUUAUUUUAUUCGUUGAUCGACGAUCGUUGAUUAGAGAGCGCGAUACUCGCCAAGAAGUAACGAAAAAAGAGGAAAGAAGAGAGACAUAGAAACAGAGAAAAAGAGAGAGAGAGAGAGGGGAAAAAUUAAUAUUUUUAAGAAAUACACAACCUUCCCAAAAGAAAAGAAAAAAAGAUAAAGAAAAAGAACAGCAAACGAGAAACACACACAUCCUAGAAACGGUAAGACUGAAAAGGCCCCUUGGGCGAGCCUAGAUCCACAUUCUUCGUUGUUCUCUUUAUGAGUCGUUUGAAAAAACAAAAAAAACAAAAAAAUACACCUACACAAAAGAGAAAGAAUGAAAUAAAAAAAAGACCGAUGAGAUGAAAAACAGAGAUGAAGAGAGAUAGAAAGAGAAAGAGAGAGAGAGAGAGAAAGAUGGAUACCAAUGGACAUUACUUUGAUUUUAUCGACAGUACAAAUUUCAUCGCAUUUAUUAUUAUUAUUAUUAUUAUAAGUUGACCAAAAAGCUUUAUUUCGAUUUCACGUUUGGAUUUUCAUACAUAUAUAUAUAUAUAUAUAUAUAUAUAUAUAUAUAUAUACAUACAUACACAUGUAUGUAUGUAUAUUGUAAUUUAAAUAGGAGAACAUGCAAAUCGCGAUUGAUGGAUACUAGGAUCGAUAUUAUAUAUUUUAUCGGUAUUCUGUUCCUUGAUUUUUUGUUACUAUUUUUUUCUUUUUUUUUUACAGAUCAAUUCGUAGUAAAUUAUUCUUUUUUUUUCUUUCCAUUUUUUUUUUUUUUUUUUUUGAAGAAACUUCUCGAUACAAGGAGACAAACAUAUUACAUUACUCACGUAUGUUACAUCUCUGCAAUUUAUCUUUUUAUCUUUUUAUUCGAAUUUCGUAUUGAUUUUCAAUCGUAUCAUAAACGAAAUGAUUAGGUAUAAAUUUGUAUAAGUUUUAAAUUCAAUUUCAAAGACAUCAAGAAAGAAAAAGAGAGAGAGAACGAAUUGUGAAGAUCUAACGUUUUUGUCUCUUCGUAUUUUACAGUCCUAUAUAUUUAUUAUGAAUCACAAUAGUCAAUUCGAUGCAAGAGAUAAACAGAAAAAAUGAAAAAGAACUAGAUCUGCGAAUAAGUCGACGAAACUUUUUUCAGACCUCUAAACGAUUUUUACGUCAUAAAUACGUUGAUUAAAGGACAUAUCGCAAAAGUAAGGAAAUGAAUGAACUUUAAAUUAAAAUUAAAAAAAAAAAAAGAAACAGAAACAAGAAAGGAAAGAAAAGAAAAGAAUGCGAUGAUCGAAUAGUUCGUACGCAAAAAACGCGCCGCGACUUAUCCCGCGCGCCAUUACCACAAUGCUGCCGAUAAAUAGUGCGAAGAAAGAAAAAAGAACAAAAAAGAAAAAAAGUCGAACUAGCUAACUUAAUAACAUAGCAAAAAAAAAAUAUAUAACGUCAAACGAAAAAGAUCGAUCCGAUAUCUUUUGCCAAUUGUUAAGACGCGAACGCGUUUUAUGACUCCGAUUAUUAUCUAAUCAAUCAAUUUUACAGAUUAGGUGUAGUAAUUUUUUGUACGCUCAUUUCUCGCGUAAUUGUAAAACACGACGACUUUUCUAAGUUUUUUAUUAAUAUAUAAUAUAUAAACACGUAAAUAUUACUAAUACGUAAAACGGGGGUGUGUGUGUGUGUCUGUGAAAAAAGAAAAAGAUAGGUAGAUAUAAAGAGAGAAAGAGAUAGAAGAAGAAAAGGAAGAAGAAAGGGACAUGUUCAAUAAGAUUUAAUAGAGUUGAUUAUUUUAGUCGAAUUUUUUUUCCCACUAGAAGAAAUGAGACGAGAAGAAAAAAGAGAGGGAAGAAAGUAGAAACAAACAAGUAAUAAUAAUAAUAUUAAUAAUAAUAAUUAAAAUAAUAAUUAUGAAAAACAGAAAAAAAGAUUGUGAAAGAAGACUCAGGCACGAUACCAAAGAUAUUAAACAUGUUUAACUAGACAUCGUUGGUCUCAUUGUGAUGGUUACUCGUUAAUUAGAGGCGCACAAAUGUCCGUUUAUCGAAUUAAAGAAAGAGAGAGAAAGAGAGAAAGAGAAAGAAAGAAAGUGAAAGAAAAUAAAGUGUAAGGAAAAAGGAGAUGUGAUCAUUUAGCACAAAAAGAAGAAAGACAAACAAGGAAACCAGAGACACGUACUUAUUUAUAUUCAGAUAAGCAUCUCAUUCGAAAUAAUAAUAAUAAUAAUAAUAAUAAUAAUAAUAAUAAUAAUAAUAAUAAUAAUAAUAAUAGUAGUAGUAAUAAUAAGAAGAAGAAGAAAAUAGUAAUAAUAAUAAAUAUUAUUAUAAUAGUAACAAUAAUAAUAAUAAUAAUAAUUAUAAUAACAAGAAAAAAAAGAAAAAAAGGCAAAAAAAAGAAAGAAAGAAAAAUACUGUUCAAUGAUCAUCUAAUGUGGCCACUCACGCAUCACACGCACACGCACACGCACACACAUAUAAAAACACAAAAAAGAUCACACCAACAACACACACUCGUUAUUACAAACAGACGUUGUAUUUUGUCUGCUGAGUUUAAAUAUUCUCGCGAUUUAUAUGAUCUAUAAGAUCGCGCUGAUUUUGAAAUCAAGUAAUGCAUGAAAAUGUAGAGACGAAAAUAAUACGAAAGGAAAAAAAAAUGAUUAUAAUUAUAAUAAUAACGAUAAUUAUUAUAACGACGAUAUUAUUUAUAAUAUUAAUGAUUAUAAUAAUAAAUAUAUAUAAUAAUAAUAAUAAUAAUAAUAGUUAUAAUAAUAAUAAUAAUAAUAAUAAUAGUAAUAUUAUUAAUAAUAAUAAUUAUGAGAGCUCGCCCGUGUGUCAUGACGGACAUAUUUUUCGAGAUAAAUGGAACAAAAAGAAUAAUACAACAUAUACACUCUCACACAUACAUAUACCCAUAACUAUAACCAUAUACAUACACGUACACAUACACAUAUACAUGUACAUACAUAUGCAUAUACAUAUGCAUACAUACAUACAUAUAUAGUGAUAGCGCGCUCGAUGUUCACAAAAAAAGAAUUUAUGAACCGGGAAAGAGUAAAAAAAAAAAAAUGAAAAAGAAUGAGAUAUAGAGAAAGAGAAAAAAAACUUAUGAUAUUAUUGUUCAGCGUUGAUGCUACAGAAUAAAGAAUAAUAAUAAUAAAAGGGAAAAAAAGAGAAGGAGAGAGAGAAGAGAAUUUUGUAUAAAACGUGUUCAAGAUGCUCGUACGUUCAUGUUGUUUAAGCCAAUAAGGAACGGAUUCCAUCCAAAACGACGAGACAAGACGAAUAUAAAAAAAAAAAAAAAAAAUGUGUAACGACUAUUCAUUUUUCGAUGAGCGCGAAAUUUGAUUUCAUUGGUCAUUCGCAUUUUUCAUUUUUUGGUAUUAUUAUUAUUAUUGUGGUUGUUGUUAUUAUUAUUAAUUAUUUCUUUCUCUUUUUUUUUCUUUCCUUCCUCUCUCUUGCAUUUCAUGAUCGAAGGAAGAAGGAAGAUUCAAAGAGGACUUAAAGAAUAGAUCAAAAGAACGAGGAAUAAAGAAAAAGAAAUGAAAAAAAAAAAAACAGAAAAGACACUACAUAAGAAAAAUAAAAUAGAAUCGUGUUUGGAUAAUUUUAAAGAGAAAUUCGCGAAUCGCGGGACGGUUUCAUGCAUUAUUUCAUUUCAAAUGUGUCACUUCUCGCUUUAAGUGUUUUCUUUUCUUAUCUUUCUUUUUUCUUUUUUUUUUGUAUAAUGUGUGAUUUGAGAAGAAAGAGAGAGAGAGAGAGAGAGACGGAGAGAGAGAGAGAGAGAGAGA